UAAAUAAAUAUUUGAAAUACAAAUGAACUCCAACUCUGAUUAGUAAGAUUUCUUUUAUAAUUUGCUUAGUCAUUUCCUAUUCAAGGUUUUAUUGAUCGGAAAUUCCGGUGUGGGCAAAUCGUGUAUGCUUAUGCGCUAUUCUGUACUAUUUCUCAUAAUCUCAAGGAAAAUUAAUUCACAAACAACUUUUACAACACAAUAGGAGUAGACUUCAAAACCAAAACUAUUGCCUUGGGAGAACACAAUGUUAAACUGCAAAUUGUAUUCAAUUAUUUCAUAAUCUUAGUGGGAUACUGCAGGUCAAGAUCGAUUCCGCACAAUCACAUGUAGUUAUUAUAGAGGGGCUCAAGGAAUCAUAAUCGUAUAUGACAUCACUGACAGAGAGUCCUUCGAAAAUGUGAAAACUUGGAUGGCAGAAAUCGAUAAGUAAUUCUUUCAUAAUCAUUCUUAGAUAUGCAUCAGAAUCAGUAAAUAGAUUACUAGUUGGCAAUAAAGCAGACAUCACUGAACGAAGAGAAGUAUCAUACGAAGAAGGAUUAGAAUUAUGUACUGUUCCCCUUAAUAAUAAAUUUAGCCAGAUUAUAUUAAAUUCCAUUUUAUGAAACCAGCGCCAAAUCGUCUAUCAAUAUCGAAGCUGCCUUCACGCAUAUCACAAAAAACAUCUUGAAUCGAGAACUUCAUAAUACGAGGGCUGUAGUUAGGAAGACAUCGAAUUUAAGACUCCAAAACAGAUAAUAACAAUAACAACAAGAGAAGAAAAAGUAGGAGGAUCUUUGCUGUUGACUUUUAUUAUAUUUUCGAC